AUGGUGAAAGAGAAUGGUGAAAGAGAAACCCAAUACACAUACUACAAUUAUACAGGUGUCCCCAAAAAACCAAAAACUAUUGAAAUCACCAAUAACAAUUUAAUUGUUAGAAUUUGAAUGCCUUAGCACUCUGUUGGUUCCCACGAGUGCAUAAAUGAUUGACAUAAGUAAAUUUUAUGCAUAAAGAAACUGUUCUUUAAAUUUGCUUUAAAUUCCCAAGCACAGAAAAUCGUGCACUUUACAAGGAGAUGUUCUUAACUAUGAUUCUAAUGCAUGCAUCUUGUCAAUAUUUUAUGCAUCAUUACGUUCAGCUUUUUGGUAAAGCAUUCAAAUUUUGACAAUAAGUGAUUUCAAUAGUUUUCGGGGUUUUUGGGACACCCUGUAUAAUAAAAUUACGAGUAUAAUAUAAUUAAUUAGAUUAGCUAUUUAAGUGUAGUUUUAAAAAGUUUAGGUAAGAUUUUCGGAGGAGUAUCAUUCCAAUGACAUUAUAAUUAAGUAAUCAUUCUUACUAUUGUUUAUGGCUGAAUAGAAAACAGUUUCAUUGUCUACAUACAUUCAAAUAAACUACUGAAAUGGGCAAUUUGUCUGCACAAUGUAUUAUGUUUAUUCAAGAUUAGACUGACAACAGUACAUAUAGAUCACGUUUAAGGUGGCUCCAUACACUUUUCAUCAUUGGGGGACUGGUACCUAAUCUUCAGUUCUCGCGCGAAAAUGUUAAAAAUAUAUGCAAAAAUAAAUACAACUUUUUCAGUAUAAAAUCCGAACCACAAGUCAUGUUUAUUUUGAUGUUUUGAGUCUUCCUUGUUCUCAUUUGUUCUCAAAGAACAAACUUCGUCCUGAUUUAGCUCUGAACAUUGAAUAACUAGUCUUUUUAGAAGACAUUUUAAGGUAAAAAAAUGCAAUGUUCAACUUUGAAACUCUUGUGAAAACUGGCGAUCGGCCCCGGACCGGCGAAAAGUUUUUACUCCAAUAUUUGGCGAUUUAUAAGUUCAUAUCCAGAGUGUUUUUGUACUUACAACUGGUAAAUGUAAUCAAAGUGUUACUAACAGCAAAGGAAUUCAGUGAAACAGCAUCAUGCGCCGGCUCAAACUGUUUUAACUUGUCAACAACAACAUGAAAACACACAAGUUUAAUACGACUGAAAACGAAUAUAAAAUUAUGUAGAAAAGCCAAAAAGUUCAUACAUGUCACACAUAUCUUAUACCAAACGACCGACAAUCACCUGUUCUCUUGGCGUUAUCCCGAGUUAGCAUGAAAAACCAAAUAUAUUUGCAUUAAUUUUCUAAGCAAGAAAACAGAAUAUAUAUUUGAUAUUUCGACGAGACUAAAAACUUUUUUGUGCGUGUUUUUCUGGAGAUGCGCCUGCGAAAACAUGUACGCGCAUGUCAAUUCAUUGAUCUUGCAGAGUGUGAAAAACUUUGGCCGCGCGGAAUAAAACCGUGAUUAUUUCCAAAACGAGUUCGGUAAGGUACCCUGAAAAUUUGUACAUGAGUAGAUACAUGCUUCAAGAUUUCAUGAUGGAAAAAUAAAAAAAAAUUGUCGACAGAAACUGUCAAAAAAGUCGAAAUUUAAUUCUAAAGAAUUGAGUCGACAGAUUUUUUUUAAACUUCCCAGAAAUGUUUCUCGACACUAACGUAACUGAUUUAUUAAAAAAAAAAUUGGGGUCACCGAACUCAUUUUCGAAAAAAACUCGAAAAACUGCGAUAUUUUCGGCUAUUUAGUGCUACCAUUAUUCGUUAUAGUUGUCAUGGAAACGCGACUUUUAUCAGAAUUCUUCUUGUUUGCGACACGUCUUACUAUGUGUUACAAUUAUAAGUAAAACUUAACCCUGUAAAAGCAUUUAAACAGAAAAUAUUCAACUUUUGCUCCUUUGGCUAAAAAGUGUAUUGAGCCACCUUAAAUAUAGCAAUUACAGUAUAUAUUUACAUCAGAUAUUAAUUCAAAAUAUUAAUAAUCAGCUGAAAAUCGGUGAUAAAAGUCGAUAUUUUUCUCAUAAAAUAACCUCACUGUAACUUUUUGUGAAUUUUCAUAUCAUAGUUUAUCACAACGAAUAAUGAGUUCUUAUGAUAAUGAUGGCAGUAAUUUUUGUGAUAUAUUCCGUGCUCGGUACUUCUAAAGAAAGAGCAAUGGUUCCAUAUAUUAAUUUGUAUAUAAAAUAUUAAAUAUCAUAGGAUUGUAUCAAAUAUAUUGAUUAAAAAAAUUAGUCAGUUUGGUUACCCACCUAAUUAAAUUAUAUUCGAUGUAUAUCAGUUCACCUUGAAGAUUCAUUGAAAACAAAAGAAUUUAUCUUGUCCUCGCAGGGCGCUCAUAACUGGCGCUCAUUGAUCGACGCCAUGUUUUUUUUAAAAUAAUUAUAGUUUUGUCAGACACUCCCCCCGUUCGAAUCGCCUCGUGUUUAAAAAUAUUGCUAUAUAGUUCAGUGUUUGAGACCAGCAUUUACCAGGGCCUUCGCCCUCAGCAGGAGGCCCUGGGUACGAGGUUGCUGUUUCAUCAAGUCUUUGCUUUUACUUUAUACCAGGAAUUUACCUUCUGUCAUGGCUAGAUGCAAUAUAUAUAUAUAUAUAUAUAUAUAUAUAUAUAUAUAUAUAUAUAUAUAUAUAUAUAUAUAUAUAUAUAUAUAUAUAUAUAUAUAUAUAUAUAUAUAUAUAUAUAUAUAUAUAUAUAUAUAUAUAUAUAUAUUGGUUGUGCGAUCAGUAAGAGACAUGUUUUCGUUUAUUGUUGCAACUGAUCUAUUAUAUACAAUUAAAAAAGAUAAAAAAGUAUACUGAAUUUUCGGUCGCUAACUGCGACCUUCCUCAGAGUUAACUAAUGUCAAGUUGAUUUGAACAAGUUUUAAAUACUUAGCGUAUGCAAAUUUACAAGGUAUGCAACAAAGGCAAAUAAGUUUGCGGGAAAAUUUUACGCUCAUUAACUGCCAUUGUCUCCUUUGUUGAGUGUAAUGACUCGAGAAAUAUACGUUUAUCAUAAUUAUGUACGCCCCUCUCUAAAAUUUCUACAUCCCCAGAGCAUACUUCGUGUCCAGUUCGUUCUGCAUGUUCCUUUAUAGCCGACUCGAUCUGCGGUCUUGUUCCCGGUUUAUGUUCAGCCCAACGGGAUUUCCAUGAUCUUUUACUUUCUCCGAUGUAAAGGAAAUUACAUGUUUUACAUUUGAAUUUGUAAACAAUGCCUUUGACUUGAGUUUCUGAUGGUCUGUCUUUCGGUUUUUUGAAUAUUCCGCCCAAUGUUGUUAGUGACUUAUACGCUGUUCUGAUAUUGGCACCAGUCAAGAUUCGGUUGACUCUCUCAGAAACGCCUUUGACAUAUGGAAUACAUGCAUAGCCUUUGGGUUCAGUAACAGAGGUUGGUUUGUUCGAACUUUCGGGUUUACUUGCAACACUGUUUAUAAAAGCAGAUGUGUAACCAUUUACACUUAAGGCCUUUCGAACAUUUUGUUUCUCAGCUUUUUUCCCCUGGAUAGUAUUCGGAAUUUUAUCAGCUCGAUCAAGCAACGUUUUAACCACUGUAGCUUUGUGUUGUUUUGGAUUGUGUGAGUUGAAUGAUAAAUAUUUGUCCGUAUGUGUAGCUUUUCUGUGUACUGCCACCACCACGUUUCCGCUUGGUCUGACAACAACUUCCGUAUCCAGGAACGAAAUGACGUCAUUAUCGCCCACAGUCGUAGGUAACUCAAUGGUGAAUUGAAUACAUGGAUUUAUCGAAUUCAAAUGGUCGUGAAAACUUUGAACGCAGCAACGUUUUAGACAAGAAUUGGAGCCAGUCGUCUACAUAACGUUUCCACCAUUUCAAGUCAACUGGCGAUGUCGUUAUAGCUAUUCCUUCGUUAUAGCUAUUCCUGCAGUUGAGCAAGGGGUACGCAAUCUUACAGAGGAAGAGCAGAACGAAGUGAGACAGAAAGUAACUGGUGCGUUGAAACAAGCUAAAGCCCCAAGAAAACAAAACCUGUCGAGCAGUCAGACGAAAGCAUUGAAAGGCUUGAGAACGGACGAUAACAUCCUAAUCAUUAAAGCGGAUAAAGGGAAUUCAACCGUAGUAAUGGAUCGAUCAGAUUACAUAACAACAGUGAAAGAAAUGUUACAGGACAGUAAAGUUUAUAAAAAGAUUACAGAUAAACGUAGAAAUCCUACAACAAGAACAGAAAAUGACUUGCAAAAGAUGCUCAAGACUUUAUGUGAUUCAGGACAUCUGUCGGAGUCGGAUUAUUGGAAAUUAAGACCUUUUGAUUCCACGGCAGCAGCAUUUUAUGGCCUUCCCAAAGUCCAUAAAAUUCCGCUAAAAGAAGAACACGACCACUUCACCAUUGAAAAGAAAAAUCCUCCAACACAGAUCCCCUUAAGACCAAUAAAUAGCUCGAUCGGAUCACCAACAUAUCAGUUGUCCAAGCACUUAGCGGGAAUUUUACAAUCAUUGUAUGAAGAGAAUGGUUACUCAGUUAAAAAUGCACAAGCUUUUUCGGAGUUUGUGUGUACCCAGAGAGUUGAGAAAGAUGAAAUGGUUGUAUCAUUUGAUGUUAUUUCACUAUUCACUUCCAUCCCCGUAAAAAUGGCUGUGGAUGUAGUGAAGCGACGACUUUCUGAAUCCCACAAAUGGAAAGGAUGUACACUUUUGACUGCUAAACAAGUCGUAAAUCUUCUGGUAUUUGUCUUGAACAACAGUUUUUUCAAAUUUCAAGGAAACUUUUUUCAUCAAAUUUCAGGGUGUGCCAUGGGAUCGCCGGUGAGUGCCGUUAUCGCGGAACUUAUUAUGCAAGAAGUCGAAGGAAUAGCUAUAACGACAUCGCCAGUUGACUUGAAAUGGUGGAAACGUUAUGUAGACGACUCCAAUUCUUGUCUAAAGCGUUGCUGCGUUCAAAGUUUUCACGACCAUUUGAAUUCGAUAAAUCCAUGCAUUCAAUUCACCAUUGAGUUACCUACGACGGUGGGCGAUAAUGACGUCAUUUCGUUCCUGGAUACGGAAGUUGUUGUCAGACCAUGCGGAAACGUGGUGGUGGCUGUACACAGAAAAGCUACACAUACGGACAAAUAUUUAUCAUUCGACUCACACAAUCCAAAACAACACAAAGCUACAGUGGUUAAAACGUUGCUUGAUCGAGCUGAUAAAAUUCCGAAUACUAUCCAGGGGAAAAAAGCUGAGAAACAAAAUGUUCGAAAGGCCUUAAGUGUAAAUGGUUACACAUCUGCUUUUAUAAACAGUGUUGCAAGUAAACCCGAAAGUUCGAACAAACCAACUUCUGUUACUGAGCCCAAAGGCUAUGCAUGUAUUCCAUAUGUCAAAGGCGUUUCUGAGAGAGUCAACCGAAUCUUGACUGGUGCCAAUAUCAGAACAGCGUAUAAGCCACUAACAACAUUGGGCGGAAUAUUCAAAAAACCGAAAGACAGACCAUCAGAAACUCAAGUCAAAGGCAUUGUUUACAAAUUCAAAUGUAAAACAUGUAAUUUCCUUUACAUUGGAGAAAGUAAAAGAUCAUGGAAAUCCCGUUGGGCUGAACAUAAACCGGGAACAAGACCGCAGAUUGAGUCGGCUAUAAAGGAACAUGCAGAACGAACUGGACACGAAGUAUGCUCUGGGGAUGUAGAAAUUUUAGAGAGGGGCGUACAUAAUUAUGAUAAACGUAUAUUUCUCGAGUCAUUACACUCAACAAAGGAGACAAUGGCAGUUAAUGAGCGUAAAAUUUUCCCGCAAACUUAUUUGCCUUUGUUGCAUACCUUGUAAAUUUGCAUAUGCUAAGUAUUUAAAACUUGUUCAAAUCAACUUGACAUUAGUUAACUCUGAGGAAGGUCGCAGUUAGCGACCGAAAAUUCAGUAUACUUUUUUAUCUUUUUUAAAUGUAUAUAAUAGAUCAGUUACAACAAUAAACGAAAACAUGUCUCUUACUGAUCGCACAACCAGCAUAUAUAUAUAUAUAUAUAUAUAUAUAUAUAAAUAUAUAUAUAUAUAUAUAUAUAUAUAUAUAUAUAUAUAUAUAUAUAUAUAUAUAUAUAUAUAUAUAUAUAUAUAUAUAUAUAUAUAUAUAUAUAUAUAUAUAUAUAUAUAUAGUGAAAUGUUGUUUUGUGGAUAUCGAAAACGUAUUACCGCCAAAAUAAUUUAAUUUCUUAAGAAUUUAUUAUGGAUAGAUAGGGAUUAUUUAUUACGUUCACUCGGACCUUAAAAUAGAGUGCGUGGCUUUGCAGGCAUAAAAUGCACAUGAAUUUAGAUUUAAAACAUUUAUUUCUUCAAAACGUGUUACAAAUUUUAGUACUGUCGUUUUCUAAGAGCGUAAGAUUCAGGUGUUUUUGUUGUCUUUAAAGAGUUCUUGUAUUCUUGAGACUACCCAUGUCAAAGUAUAAUUUCCUCUGCCCUCCCCCCUACAGAGCAAUGUUGCUCGUGAUUGCGUUGAAAUUGUGUAGCACAAUGCUUGCAUGCAAUAACAGUCAACAUUGUUUUGAAGGGGGAGGGAGGGGGGUUGUAGGAAGGACGAGCUCCUGAGGGUAAGAAUUUGCUAAUUUUACAGAUAAAUAUGCAAGUCUCAAUAAUUUUUGUAUAUAAAACAAACAAAUCAUGCAAACCUUGUUGACCUAUUCGCCAGACUGUUAUUGAUAGGACAAUUGAGUCCAUGGACAAACACAUUGACAUGGUGAUCAAGUCAAAAGGACAACGCAUUAAAUAUUACAUUUUGUGGCAAUUUAAGUGUGUAAUGUCCUUUCAAUGCCAUUAUUAUCAUCAGUAUUUAAGCCAAGUUAAAUAGGAUUAAAUUAUAUUAAACUUAUGUUGUUAUCUCCAUUGCAUUAUAAACUUUAUAAGUAAUAACUGUUUGAUAACGAACGAGUUUCCAACGAGUUACCAACGAGUUACCCACGAGUUAACCUAAAAAUCAAUAUACGUUUCACUAUAAUAGAACGAGUUACCACUUAAAAAUUUAGAAAAAUAACUAAUUAUUUUUUUCUAAUUUUUUUUAUUGGUAACUCGUGGUAACUCGUUAUAUUAUAGUAAAAACUAUAUUGAUUUUUAGGGUAACUCUCUGAGGUGAUACAAUAAUUUACAACAAAAUACAUUACACAAAUAUAGAGUAAAGGCUACAAAGAAAUAACCAUAAGGGCUAAUCAAGCUAAGUAGCACAACUGUAAACUCGUGGGUAACUCGUUGGUAACUCAUGCAAAGCACAUUCAUACUUAUAUAUACUCGAAUUCGGAAGAAACUAUUCAAAGCAAACAAUGUAAGAUCUCUGACGGAUCUGAAAUAGCCCUGACCGUAAACUUCAUGUAAGGCCUGUUAAAGUAGCAGCAUAUAUAAAUUAAAAACAACAAAAAAACCUACAGGAAAUCGGAAGCGUUGCAAAUGUAAAUCAUUUUUAUUCUGUUUGAACUUCAACUUUCUACGUAAGAAUCCUUUGUGCCAUCGAUAAAGUCCAGUUUUCUGUUUCGUAAGUACGACGUUCAUUUUGUUUGAACAAAUUUAUCAAUUAUCGUCUUUUAAGAUGCUGUAAAGUCCGUAUAACAAACGCUUUGUUUACACAUUUUAGAACUGCUAUAUUUGUAAGACAUGUUAAUAUACUAACUGAAUGUCUAACACUUUUCUGGUUCGCUAUGCUUGUAAAUUAUAUAAACUCCACGUUUCAGUUCGAAAAUUUAGAAAGAUGCAAAAUUUUGGCAAUGUUUAUAUCUGCGGGUCCCCUUUGUUAUGAGCAGAACUGAUGCACAGAACGGACUUUACAGCAUCUUUAAAUUAAUAUAAUAAUUCAAAGUUAUUGAUUUGGGAUUUAUCUUGAACCUUUCUGUUUUUAUUCAAAUUGCAAAAAUGAUAAGCUUCUGCAUGAAGGACGUACAAUUUGUUUCUUGCCAUGAUAAAAAAACUCCAAGAAUAAUCAAUAUAAACAGUAUUAGAGCAAAGUAGCCCCCCCCCCCCACCUCCAUUCCCCUCCCCCCCCCCUAACAAGGGUUUCCUACAAACCCAAACUGUUUGAUUUUCCUACGUUACUUGUAUACUAAGCUAAAUGCACAAAAGAACAUAAUGUCAAAAAAAUAAAGAAGACCGAGUACCCUUUCCCAAUUUCUCUUAAAUUUCAGACAAUCCUUCACAAAAAUUAUGAGACUACGCAUGUGAAAGUAUAACUUCCUCUCCCCUCCCCCCUACAGAGCAAUGUCGCUCGUGAUUGAGUUGAAAUUGUGUAGCACAAUACUUGCAAUAACAGUCAACAUUUUUUUGAAGGGGGAGGGAGGGGUGGGAGGAAGGACGAGCUCCUGCGGGUAAGAAUUUGCUAAUUUUACAGAUAGAUAUGCAAGUCUCAAUAAUUUUAGUCUAAAUAGCUCGCAGCUUAGCUCUAAAUGGCUCGGAGCCGAGUCAAAAUAGCUUGGAACCGAUAUCGAAAUAUUGGCCCUAGUUUGGAGCAGAGCCUAAAUAGCUCGGAGCCUAGAUGGAAAUAUCGAGCCUAGCUCGGAGCAGAGCCGAAAUAGCUCGGAGCUUAGCUCUGUAAGCUCGGAGCCGAGCUCCAUAUAGGCUCGGAGCUAUUCUAAAUGAUCCAGAACCCAGCUACAUUGGCUCGGGGCCAAUCUAAAUGGCUCGGAAGAUAAAGAUAAGGAAAAUAAAGAUAAGGAAGAUAAAGAUAAAGAAGUUAAGAAGAUUAAGAUAAAGAUAAGGAAGAUAAGAAGAUAAAGAUAAGGAAGAUAAGAAGAUACAGAUAAGGUAAGAAGAAGAUAAGGAUCAUAAAUAUAAGGAAGAUAAGAAGAUCAGAAGAUAAAGUUAAGGAAAAGCAAGAUAAAGAUUGGGAAGACAAAGAUAAAGAUGAAUCUAUCCAGUGUUCUUCCUCGGAGCUGAGCUCAAUUAGGCUCGGAACCCAGCUCCACAGGCUCGGAGCCGGCUCGAAUGGCUCAGAACCGAAUUCAAUUGGCUUGGAGCCAAACUCCUUAGGCUAGGAGCCGAGCUCCAUUAGCGCUAGGAUUCAAUUAUUCAAUCUAUGAUUCAAUGAUUCAAUGUUAGGAUUCAAUGAUUCAAUCUUAUGAUUCAAUGAUUCAAUCUUAGGAUUCAAUGAUUCAAUCUUUGGAUUCAAUGAUUCAAUCUUAGGAUUCAAUGAUUCAAUCUUAUGAUUAAUGAUUCAAUCUUAGGAUUCAAUGAUUCAAUCUUAGGAUUCAAUGAUUCAAUCUUAUGAUUCAAUUGCAAUCUUAGGAUUCAAUCUUAGGAUUCAAUAAUUCAAUCUUAGGAUUCAAUAAUUCAAUCUUAUGAUUCAAUCUAGGAUUCAAUUAUACAAUCUUAGGAUUCAAUGAUUCAAUCUUAGGAUCCAAUGUUUCAACCUUAUAAUUCAGUGAUUCAAUCUAGGAUUCAAUAAUUCAAUCUUGUGAUUCAAUGAUUCAAUCUAGGCUACUAAAAAGGCUCGGAGCCGAGCUCCAUAAGCUUGGAGCCGGAUCGAAUGGCUCGCAGCCAGCUCCAUAGGCCCGGCUUCGAGCCUAUAUAGUGAUUGAAUAAUUGAAUCCUAAGAUUGUGUCAUUGAAUCCUAGAUUGAAUCAUUGAAUCAUAAGAUUUAAUCAUUGAAUCCUAGAUUGAAUAAUUGAAUCCUAAGAUUGAAUCAUUGAAUCCUAAGAUUGAAUCAUUGAAUCCUAGAUUGAAUCAUUCAGUCAUAAGUUUGAAUAAUUGAAUCUUAAGAUUGAAUCAUUGAAUCCUAGAUUGAAUCAUUGAAUCCUAAGAUUGAAUCAUUGAAUCCUAGAUUGAAUCAUUCAAUCAUAAGAUUGAAUCAUUGAAUCCUAAGAGUGAAUCAUUGAAUCUUAAUAUUGAAUCCCAGAUUGAAUCAUUGAAUCAUAAGAUUGAAUCAUUGAAUCCUAAGAUUUAAUCAUUCAAUCCUAAGAUCGAAUCAUUGAAUCCUAAGACUGAAUCAUUGAAUCCUAAGAUUGAAUCAUUGAAUCCUAGAUUGAAUCAUUCAAUCCAUAAGAUUGAAUCAUUGAGUCCUAAGAUUGAAUUAUUGAAUCUUAAGAUUGAAUCAUUGAAUCCUAGAUUGAAUCAUUGA